AUGUCGCCUGGAGCCAUCAGUGAUCAUGGAGCUCCGACGCUCCCCUCGCCAGCCGAGAUCAGGGCUCUGAACCGACUGCUCAACAACGUGCGCGGAGACAGCUACAGGCGACCCCCGCCCGUUCGAAUACCUCCUCUAGGCUUGUUCGUCAGGUACGGAGCCGACGUCACCGUCACCGAAGCCAUCACGCAAACCUGGGUUCGCGACCAGCUCCGAGGGCUUGUCACCGUGCCGGAAGUCUUUGGCUGGACGCAGGAUGGUGGCCAGACCUUCAUUUACAUGUCGCUGAUCGAGGGCAAGCUGAACAGACAGCCGCUCAACGACACGAUUCUGAGCUACCGGCCCAAGCUGACCGGCCCGUUCCAAGGUGCCGAGGCUGUCCAGCAGCUACAGGAAGCUUGCGACAUUCACAUUGGCGCCGACGAGCAAACCGUCUUCACACAUAACAGCCUCAUUGCGCCUAACGUCCUUCUGUCUCCAGGACCGCGACCGCAUGUAGCCGCUGUUGUUGGCUGGGGCCAAGCGGGAUGGUACCCAGCGUACUGGGAGUAUUGCAAAGCCCGAUAUAUGAGCGCGCAUCCAAUGCGUUGGAGUCGCCGUGCCCAGGAGGAGUGGCAAUCCCAAUAUCUUCCUUCGAUCAUUGACCCUGUGGAUGACGAAGUCUGCUGGCGCCCGUGGCUCGCCUUUGCGCUUUCCAACGCCUGA